AUGACGGACAAGGCGUCAGAAAAGGACAAGGACAAGUCCAAGGUCCACAAGCUGUCGCUAAAGGGCAGCGCCAAGCUCGUCGCCGAAUUCUUUCAAUACUCGAUACAUACGAUCUUAUUCCAACGAGGAGUAUACCCAGCCGAGGACUUCACGGCCGUCAAGAAAUAUGGCCUCAACAUGCUAGUGUCGGCCGACGACCAGGUCAAGGCCUACAUCAAAAAGAUCAUGUCCCAGCUGGACCGGUGGAUGGUCAAGGGCAAGAUCUCGAAGCUGGUCAUCGUCAUCACGGACAAGGACACGGGCGAGCACGUCGAGCGCUGGCAGUUUGAUGUCCAGAUCUUUGGCGGCUCGUCCAAAAAGUCAAAGAGCAGCAGCAGGUCGGCAGCUUCGGCAUCCGCCGGGCAGGAAAACUCGUCGGCGGCCCCGGAUGCGGCACAGGCGCCGGAGAAGACAGAGGCCGAGAUCCAGGCCGAGAUCGCUGCCAUCUUCCGUCAGAUCACCGCCUCGGUCACCUUCUUGCCACAGCUGGCCGGCGACUGCACCUUCAACGUCCUGGUCUAUGCAGAUGCCGACUCGGAGGUGCCUGUGGAGUGGGGCGAUAGCGACGCCAAGGAGAUUGAGAACGGGGAGCGAGUCCAGCUGCGGGGCUUCAGCACCGCUAGCCACAGGGUCGACACGUUGGUGAGUUACCGGCUGACGGACUAG